AUGGACCGAAACACUGUGGUAUGCGGCAUGGCAUGCCGCGUGCCCGGAGCGAACAAUCCGAGCCAGUUGUGGGAGAACCUCAUCAACAAGAGGGACGUCCAACGCCAAGUCCCAAAUGAGCGACACAGAUUCAACGUCGACACGUGGUACCACCCUAACCACUCUAACAAAGGCACGAUAAAUCAAAAGCGCGCCUACUUCCUUGACCAUCCCGUCACAGCGUUUGACGCAGGCUUCUUUGGGAUUUCCGGAAAGGAAGCAGAGUCCAUCGACCCACAGCAGCGACAGCUACUAGAGGUAGCGUAUGAGGCCCUUGAGGAUGCAGGCAUCACUCUUGACGAGAUAGCCGGCACGCAGACGGCUGUCUUUCAGGGCAGUCUCAGCAACGACUAUGGCACCCUGCUCUGCGACCAGGCGUACUAUCCCUUGCACAGCAUUACGGGGAUAGGCGACGCCAUGCAGGCCAACCGCGUGUCGUACUUCUUCAACCUCAAGGGACCAAGUAUCGUAGUCGAUACGGCCUGCUCGAGCAGCCUGGUAGCUUUCCACCUGGCGCACCAGAGCAUCAUCACGGGGGAGUCCGACUACGCCAUCGUGCUCGGUUCGGCGCUCUACUUCGACCCGACCACCGCCAUCGUGCUGUCAGACAUGGGGUUCCUCUCGUCAGACGGGCGGUGUAGGUCUUUCGACGCCGACGGCAGUGGCUAUGUCCGCGGAGAAGGUGUCUGCGCCGUGGUGAUCAAGCGGCAGUCCGAUGCCGUGCGCGACGGCAACCGCAUAAGAAGUGUCGUCCGCGCGACCGGAUCCAACCACGACGGCACCAAGAAGGGGAUCACGGUCCCCUCGUCUGAGGCGCAAGAGGAGAUGAUACGCCGGACCUACCAGCUUGCCAACCUUGAUCCGGAUGAUACCCACUUUUUCGAGUGCCACGGCACGGGAACAAAGGUCGGCGAUCCAAAUGAGACGCGCGCUGUGGGCCAUGUGUUCGGGACACGGACGAGAAAGCAGGACCUGGUUAUUGGCAGCAUCAAGAGUAACGUCGGCCAUCUUGAGGGAGCCGCGGGCCUGGCGGGCAUGAUCAAAGCAGUCUUGGCUAUCGAGAACGGCCGCAUCCCACCUCAAAUGCACUUUGAUAGGCCGAACCCCGACAUCAAGUUUGAAGAGUGGAGGCUGAAGGUCCCGACAGAAACGCUGAGCUGGCCGGAGACCGGGGGUAAGCCCAGGCGGGCGAGCCUGAAUUCCUUCGGAUAUGGUGGUGCGAAUGCUCACGCGGUGUUGGAGAGCUUCGACAACGGGACGAAUGGCUCUGCCCCAAGCUUAAAGGCGAAUGGUGUGGCUCCGACUCCGGCACGCCCAUUUCUGAUUCCAGUCACGUCGCACGCAACUGAAACAGGCGAGCAUCUAAGAAGUGCUAUUCGGCAUUACCUCACGAAGCAGGAGGACGGCAAGAGAGGCGCAACACACCUACGCGACCUUGCCUACACACUCUCAGCCCACCGGACUUUCCACAAAAUACGGUCUUUCGCAAUUGGACCUUCCAAUAAUGAGCUCGCAGCCGAGCUGGAAAAGCCCCGUGAAUUAGCGGAAUGGAAAACAGUCACAACUCACUCAUCACAUUCAACCCCCAAGAUCGGCUUUGUCUUCACAGGCCAGGGCGCGCAGUCUUGGGACAUGGGCCGGCAGCUCAUCGAGUCUCACCCGCCGUUCCGAGCCACACUCGACAGGUGCGAUGCUGUGCUGCAAAGCUUGCCUGGACCCGACAGACCAGACUGGUCCAUAGUGGACGAGCUCCUCCAGCCACAGGAUCCCGUUUACUCGCGCCUCGGCGAGACUCGACUCUCGCAGCCAAUAUGCACAGCCUUGCAGAUUGCGCUGGUAGACUUGUUGCGCACAUGGGGUGUAACACCGAAGGCCGUCUGCGGGCACUCGUCAGGUGAAGUCGCAGCUGCCUAUUCCGCCAACAUUCUCUCGCUGGAGGCAGCCAUGGUUGUAGCCUAUUACCGUGGAUACCACAUGGGCCAACAGAAAACGUCAAAGGCAGGGGCCGAGACACAGGUCGCUGGUGGAAUGAUUGCGGUGGGCCUGAGCGAAGCAGACACCAUUUCCGAGUUGUCGAAAUUCGAAGGCCGACUCUGCGUGGCAGCUGUGAAUUCCUCGUCCAGCGUGACAGUCUCAGGAGAUCUAGAUGCCAUCGAGGACCUGCACGAGGACUUUUCGAAGCGAGGGGUGUUUGCGCGGAAACUAGUUGUCCAGCAGGCCUUCCACUCGCACCAUAUGGAGCCCCUGGCCCCGGCAUAUGAGAAAGCCUUGCACGAGUGCAACUCGUACAAAACUGAGACUGUGAAGCCGGAGAUCCGCAUGGUGUCCAGCGUCACAGCCAGAGUCCUCCGUGAUGGAGAUGUGGACGCCGCCUACUGGGUUCGAAACAUGGUCGGGGCAGUGCGUUUUGCAGAUGCCCUUACCAACGUCCUGCUAGACGAUGACGAAGAGCAGGCUGUUGAUAUCCUGUUGGAAAUCGGCCCGCAUCCUGCCCUCAAGGGUCCCUCACAGCAGGUGGCAUCAGAGCUGAAGCUCGACAUUUCCUACCUCGCCACUCUGACUCGCAACAAACCCGCCUUCGAUUGUCUCCUCGAGACGGCAGGCCAGCUCUUCCUCGCCAACUACCCGGUCGACCUUGUAGCCGUAAAUGCGGACCAACAGCAUCCGGGUCACUUGCUCACAGAUCUGCCCACCUACCCCUGGAGCCACCGUCACUACUGGACACCCACGACCCGCGCGAUGCGCAACACGCAGCACAGGAAGCACAACCACACACUCCUCGGGACGCCUGUGCCGCACUCGACGCCGCACCACAUGCAGUGGCGCAACUACAUCCGCGUGUCCGAAAUACCCUGGCUCGCCGGGCACGCCAUCGAGGGCGAGGUCGUCUUCCCCGGGUCGGGAUACCUCUCGCUAGCCGUCGAAGCGGCUGUGCGGUAUCCCACCAACGACGGGAAAGUGGUGUCGAAGGUGCGGUUCAAGGAUAUUGAUAUCAAGUCUGCCAUGACGCUGCGCGACAACGAGGUCGGCACGGAGAUGAUCCUGAGCCUGCAGCCUGAGACGACGUCCGCCAAGAGCUUCAGCGACGAGUGGCUCGAGUUCCACAUCAGCAGCUUCGAUGUGGAUGGCCGCUAUUCCGAGCACUGUCAUGGGUGGAUAACCAUCAUUGCCGGGGAGCCCGACUCAGUUGAGCUGGACGGCUCGCUGCCUCGGUACCCGUCAAUCGAAGAGCUGAGGAAGGUCUCUACCAAUCGACCAAGCUGUGCUGAUCUGUACCGCCGGCUGGAAAAGCGCGGGGUGCAAUACCGUGAUGAAUUCAGGCUACUCAAAGGCGACAUGGACGACGGGGAGGGCUUUACCGUCGCGAACCUUGAGUUUGACCCUAGCAUCUACAGGAUUGACGGCCUGAUGGAGGUGACGCUCGUUCCGUUGGCGCUUCUCGACGCAGUCAUGCACUCCACGUGGUCCGGGUCUUCCGACGGGUGGGAGUGGUGGCCCGACGAGGACGGCGUGGGCGUCCCGCGGUCGUACAAAUCUGUCGAGCUGGCAGGCCACCUGCUCGCGCGCUCGUAUUCAGGGUCGAAUGACCUGCAGAAGUACACUAUCCGCACCUUUGGAGAUCGUGUCGGACUGAGGACUGUCAUCUCCCAGCUGUUGGUCUCGGACGAGCAAGGCAGGCUCUGCAUCCACAUGCAAGACCAGGAGAGCACCUUCUUGAAGGAGGAGCAGGGCUCGCUUGGCCGCAGGCUGUACUUUGAGCAGAAGUGGGAGAAGCUGCCCGAAUUUGACGAGAUCGUCCCAACUAUUCCAGAGCAGCUCACCGUAGUUGUCUCUGCAAGCCCAUCGGAGACAGAGUCCCAGGUCUUGAGCCAAGUCAAGGAUUUUGCAGCUAAACACGAAAUCCCGAAAUUGACCUGUGUGCAGCUCGGGCAAGAGCAUCCUUACGACGAAGAGCACCAGAACAUCAUUGUGUUGGCCUCGCUGUCCUCAGACAUGGCUUCACUGGAAGGAUUUGCGCAUUUCCAGAAGUUGGCCUUGGAAGAGGAAAAGAACAUGGUCUGGGUACUUCAGGGCACUUUCAUAGGCGCGGCAAAUCCGGAGAUGGCCAAGUUCGCUGGCUUCCUGAGAACAGCCCGGAACGAAAACCGACUAUCUCGACUUGUCACUCUUGACCUCGAUGCGGAUACCUCGGCGAGUUCGACGUCAAAUGCUAGCGCAGCGAUCGUGCGGGCCUUGGACAAGAGUCUAGAUGAAGAAGAGGUCGCAAUUCGAGGCGACGACGCCUUUUCUCCACGGCUUGCAGUAGAUGACGAACUCAACUCCAAGCUUGACGACAGCAAGCCCAGCCGUCAGCGGCUUCCGGAAGACACGCCAGUCAACCUCGAGAUCGGCCACAUAGGCCGUCUCGACACGCUCUACUUUGCCCCCAACGAGGACAUACUCAACGAACCUCUCGGCGACAGCCAGAUCGAGUUCAAGGUCCUCGCAUCGGCACUCAAUUUCCGCGACAUCGCCAUCGCAGUUGGUCUGAUCCAAGACUACCACUUCGGCGAGGAGUGCGCCGGCAUCGUGACCGCGGUCGGGCCCCAGGCCGCCAAGGACUUCCAGCCCGGCGACAGAAUCGUCGUCGCCGCGGGCGAGUGCAUCGGGAACUACGCCCGCGCCGACGCCUGGCUGGCGCGCAAGAUCCCCGCCGGCGUAGGCGAUACGGCCGCGGCGAGUUUCCUGACCGUCACCAUGACGGCCCUGUACGCGCUGCACCACGUCGCCCGCCUGCAGGCCGGCGAUACCAUUCUCAUACACUCGGCUGCAGGUGGCGUUGGGCAGAUGGCUAUCCAGCUCGCGCAGGCCCGAGGUGCGCGGAUAUUUGUGACGUGCUCUCAGGGCAAGCGGGAGUUCAUAAAGAAGCGGUUCGGAUUUUCAGACGAGCAGAUAUUCUCCUCGCGGGAUGACUCCUUUAGGGCGGACGUCUUGGCGGCGACGGGCGGACGGGGCGUUGACGUGGUGCUGAAUUCCCUGUCCGGCAGGCUGCUCGAAGCAACGUGGCGGUGCCUCGCGCCUUUCGGCCGCUUCGUGGAGAUUGGCAAGCGGGAUGUCCACGAGAACGCGGGUCUACCCAUGGACGUGUUCCGGCGCAAUGUCAGCUUCUCGUCGAUUGACAUGGUGCUCGUCGUCCAGCAGGAUAAGAUGCUGGCGAAUCGGCUGAUUGAUGAGGCAUGUGAACUUGUCUUUGGAGGCAAAAUUCAGGCGCCAGAGGGUCUGCUCGAGGUGCCCUUCUCGGACGUGGAAAGGGCCUUCCGGCUCAUACAACAGGGCAAGCAUAUCGGCAAGGUCAUCUUAGUGCCUGGAGAUGGCGAUGUGUGGCUCAAGCCCAGAGGCUAUCAUCUCUUGGCCAAGUUGUUCAACCCGGACAAGAAGUAUCUCGUUGCUGGUGGCCUGGGUGGUCUGGGUCUGAAGCUUGCAGAGUGGAUGUACUUCAAGGGCGCCAGGAAGCUAGCAUUCUUCACUGUGUCAGCCAUCAGUGCGACAGGCGAGUUGAGGGAGAGUGCAAGACGCACCGUCGACUGGCUGAAAGAGCGCGGUUGUGAGAUUGAGAUAUAUCGAACAGAUGUGGCCAACCUAGAAGAGGUCCAGCAGGCCUUUGCAAAGAUGGGACCAGUCGCGGGAGUCUUCCACCUGGCCAUGGUCCUCGCAGAUGUGUCGCUGCAGGGCAUGAGCUAUGAGCAAUGGGAAAAGGUUAUUCGCGUCAAGUGUGCAGGCGCAUGGAACCUGCACCUGGCAACUCAGCACCAGCCGGUGGACUUCUUCACAUGCUUCUCAUCCAUCUCUACAAUCGUUGGCAACCCAGGUCAGGCAAAUUACAGUGCUGCGAAUGCCUACUUAGACGGCUUGAUGGACUGGCGCCGGUCCCAGGGCUGUGUGGGCGCUAGUGUUAAUGUCGCGGCCGUGUCCAGCGUCGGUGUGGCAGCCGACCUGGGUUUGAAGUUUGACGAAACCAUCAACACCCAGGAACUCAUGUUGCUUGUGGAGGAGGCCAUUCUUAGCGAUCGCCGCUACUCUACGUCUGCUCAAGGUGAACAGCGCAGCCGUCAGAUCGAGAGGAAGAGACUCAUUACCGGAGUCAGUGUCGACGGACUUGCUUCCAAUCCUGAGACAAGGAAGAGGCCACUGUACCGCAAGCUCUGCGCCAACAUAGACGUUGGGCAGUCCUCUUCCUCAGCGGGAGCCGCGGCCACUCAAAGCCUAGCCAAGACUGUUGCAGGGACGGCGGAUUUGGAUGAGAGAUGCGCGCUCAUCACCCAGCGAUUCAUGGACAAGAUAUCGGCUGUGAUGGGUGUCGAGAUGUCGCUGAUCGACCCGGCAAACCCACCGACGAUAUAUGGGCUCGACUCGAUCGUGGCAAUCGAGCUGCGCAAAUGGGUCAAGACCGAGACGAGGGUCGAUCUGCCGCUGUUUGAGCUGCUGGGUGGGAAGGCGAUAUGGGAUCUGGCCGCCUACAUCGCGGCGCAGAUAGUCGUGACGGCUGACACCCAGUCGUCUCCGAAUGGCGUUGCGCUGCGCUCUAAUGGGCUAACGAACGGUCAGCAAGGAAAGACGACUGGUGCGAAGAAGUCCGAGACAAAUGGGAUGACAAACGGUGUAAAUGGCAGGACUGAGACCAAGAUCAACAGUGUGGUCGACACUGACGCACUUCUCACGUGGUGGCGACAGUAUCUGGCAGACGCGCCCACCACAGACGCCUUCGGCAUCAAGAAGCCAGAAUCCAUUUCCCAGCCAAAUGGGGUCAGUCCUGGCAGGACUUGCAGGACACCCUGCUACACGAUCCCGGCGAACCAUGUCAAGCGCAUGCAACGCGUAUGCAAGCACGACCUUGCCAUCGCCUCUUCCAGCGUGUCGGCAUCAGCACCAACCGCACCGUUCAAAUUCAUCCUAGGCGCGUUGUGGGCAUAUUUGUUGAUCCGUGACGGCAGACGAGCUGGCGACACUUUGCUCGAUGUGGUUGCCGGUGGCGCGGAUGCUGAACUGGUGCCUGUGCGGCUGCGCCUGACGUCACAGAACACCCAGGGUACAGCGACGAUUGGCGAGGUGGUGAAAAUCUCUGCGCGAGAACUUGAGGCGGCAAACGGCCAUAUCGUUGGCCUGUCUCGGCAAGUGAUUGACGAGAAUAUUGGUUCAUCAGCCCCGAGCGGGGUUGCUGUCAGGUACUGCGAGGAGGGCGAUACCAGCGCCGUCGACACAUCGCGAGCAGCUGCGCUUGAAGUCAGCCGCAAAGGCGACAGAGAAAUAGGACUGUCCAUGGCUUUCUCGCCGGAUAUUUACCCGGAAGCAAGCAUCACAGAAAUCAUGGACGGCUUCGCAGUCUUCUUGACUGAUGCGAUUCGGGACCACAGACGCCGACUUGCCCAGUCGACUGUGCCUCGAUUUGGGGCGCCACUCGCAAAUGGGCAAUAA